CCCUCGCCGGCGCGCUGGCUGCAGCGGGACCCGGCUCCCCGCUCCCCGCUCCCCAUGGCCUCGGGCGGCGGCGGCGGGCGGCGCGGCCGCGAGGAGGACGAGCUGCCCGUGUACCUGGCGCGGCCGGGCACGACGGCCCAGGUGCCGCGGCAGAAGUACGGCGGCAUGUUCUGCAGCGUGGAGGGCGCCUUCGAGAGCAAGACGCUGGACUUCGGCGCCCUGAGCGUGGGGCAGCGCGGAGCCCGCGCGCAGCGCCCGCCGCCGCCGCCGCCCGAGCCCGAGCCGCCGCGCGAGCCCCCGGCCGCGGCUCCCCCGGCCGCCGCCGGCGUGGAGAUCCGCGGCGCCUCGGCCAAGGAGCGGCUGCAGAACCUCGGCCCGCCGGACGACAAGAGUGAUCGUCUUCUGAUUAAAGGAGGCAGAAUAGUCAACGAUGACCAGUCCUUCUACGCUGACAUUUACAUGGAGGAUGGUCUCAUAAAGCAAAUAGGAGACAAUCUGAUUGUCCCUGGAGGAGUUAAAACCAUAGAAGCCAAUGGGAAGAUGGUGAUCCCCGGAGGUAUCGAUGUCCACACUCACUUGCAGAUGCCAUACAAGGGAAUGACAGCUGUGGAUGAUUUCUUCCAAGGGACCAAAGCAGCCUUGGCUGGUGGAACCACCAUGAUCAUGGACCAUGUCAUCCCUGAGCCGGAGUCCAGCCUGACAGAAGUCUACGAGAAGUGGCGAGAGUGGGGUGACGGGAAGGCCUGCUGUGACUAUUCCCUGCACGUGGAUGUCACCCACUGGAAUGACAGUGUCAAACAAGAAGUGCAGACACUCAUCAAAGAGAAAGGAGUUAACUCCUUCAUGGUUUACAUGGCCUACAAGGAUUUAUACCAGAUGUCAAACACAGAGCUGUAUGAAAUUUUUAGCUGCUUGGGAGAGCUGGGGGCAGUAGCUCAAGUUCAUGCCGAAAAUGGGGAUAUCAUUGCACAGGAGCAAACUAGGAUGCUGGAGAUGGGAAUAACUGGCCCAGAAGGCCAUGUGCUGAGUAGACCAGAGGAGCUGGAAGCUGAAGCUGUUUUCCGUGCCAUCACCAUUGCUAGCCAGACCAACUGUCCUCUCUAUGUGACCAAAGUGAUGAGCAAGAGCGCUGCAGACCUCAUCUCACAAGCCAGGAAAAAAGGUAAUGUGGUGUUUGGUGAGCCUAUCACAGCCAGUCUUGGAACGGAUGGGACACACUACUGGAGCAAAAACUGGGCCAAGGCUGCUGCAUUUGUGACCUCCCCGCCCCUGAGUCCAGAUCCAACAACUCCUGACUACAUCAACUCCUUACUGGCCAGUGGGGACCUGCAGGUUUCAGGAAGUGCUCAUUGUACAUUCAGCACCGCACAGAAGGCAAUUGGAAAAGACAACUUCACAGCAAUCCCUGAAGGGACAAAUGGCAUUGAGGAGCGGAUGUCUGUUAUCUGGGAUAAGGCAGUGGCGACUGGGAAGAUGGAUGAAAACCAGUUUGUGGCAGUGACAAGCACUAACGCAGCCAAGAUCUUCAACCUAUACCCACGGAAAGGGAGAAUAGCAGUGGGGUCGGACAGCGACCUGGUCAUAUGGGAUCCUGAUGCAGUGAAGAUUGUCACUGCUAAAAGCCACCAAUCAGCAGCUGAAUACAACAUCUUCGAAGGGAUGGAGCUGCAUGGCGUCCCGUUGGUUGUCAUAUGCCAAGGAAAGAUCAUGUUGGAGGAUGGCAACCUGCAUGUGACACAGGGGACUGGGCGCUUCAUCCCCUGCAGUCCUUUCCCAGACUAUGUCUACAAACGCAUUAAAGCCAGGAGGAAGAUGGCCGAGAUGCAUGCUGUACCCAGGGGCAUGUAUGACGGGCCUGUGUUCGACCUGGCCGCCACACCUAAAGGGGGAACCCCUGCAGGCUCCACCAAGGGAUCCCCCACCCGACAGACUCCUCCGGUCAGGAAUCUCCAUCAGUCUGGAUUUAGUCUGUCAGGUACCCAGGUUGAUGAGGGUGUGCGUUCAGCAAGCAAACGCAUUGUAGCACCCCCUGGAGGCCGCUCCAAUAUAACUUCCUUGAGUUAAGCGCCCAAGGCAGGAAGGAAAAUCCAUAUUCAAGAGAAGGAAAAAAAAAAUGGUACCUUGGUAUUUAAGAAGGAAAAACAAAUGGAAACCAUUCAGAUCCGAAGAAUCAAUAAGCCUCAAGCCUUAUGUUUCACGAAUGCUACUCGCUACCUAGCUUUAAAGAUAUUGCUUUGGGGUUUUUUUGUUUAUGCAUAGCCUUAAUUUUUUGUUGUUGUUGUUUUCAUUUUUACAUGCAUGCAAAUCAGACCGGUCACUAAGUUAAGAGUCUGUAAUAUACAUGUUGAACACUUGUGUGAUGCCGCAUCGUAAGAAGGGGACGGAGAAAGCUGGGACGACCGUGACAUGAAGAAACUAGCUAGGCGGGUUAUGUGGGACUAAUCAGCCAUGGAGUUUAGUGUGGGGCGGGGUGGGCAGGGAGGAAGGUGGUGGGGGGCGGGUUAGUGGGAGGCGAGUAGGGACAAGGUGGGUCUGUGUUGUGUCGGUGUUCUCUUGCCACUCGGUACUGGUGAGAUGUAGUUGCCGUGGCGUCAUGCCUUGAGGCCUGUUGGGAAGCCUGGAGUCAUCUCUGUAACAGCUCUGUUGCAUCGCCUCAUGUAAGAGAUUUUAUUACUUUGUACAUUUUAUUAAAAAACAGAAAGCAGCUGUUCCUUCCAAA